ACGCCUUGUGCGCAUAGCAUUGCCUCAGUGCUUCUCUAGUCGCCAAGGUGCGGCCCAACCAAAGAACGGUCCAACCGAAGUGUGGCCCAACUCUCUCAGUCCCAGCCUGAUCAAUCUUUUCAGGCAUCUGGUGAAACUUGACAGAAACCACAACAAAUCCGAUUGAUACCGAGGAAUAUGGCCGACGCGAUAGGAACCGCCGCGAGCGUUGUCGGCCUCGUUGUUGCGCUGCUGAAGACUAUUCAAGAGAUUCGAAAAGCCCGAGAGCGAGUGAAGAACGCGCCAAAAAGACUCGACGAGAUCUCCUCGUUACUCCAAAUCACGUCGCGGACGGCUAGUCUCGUCAGAGGGGAGCCCAGACUACAGACGCCUGCGGUUGUCCAUCAACUCGAGAUACUGAACGCAAUCGCGGAGGAGCUGGCACAGCUUUCAAAUAUACUGGAGAAGAAGAGCCGGAAAGACCCGGUUCUGAGUUUCUUUGGUACCUUGAAGACACAAGAUGCAGAUGAGACUGAGCUGGCCAACAUUACGAACCGUUUAUCCGAUGCCAAGGCAGAACUAGGCACUCGAAUACGUGCCAUUCAUGUAGGUCUGACGGGGAACCUAGAGGAUGGCUUCAGAGUUAUGCUCAAGGUUCUCGAGGAAAUCAACUCAAAAGUGUUCCAUGUGCUGGGUGAAAAUCUUAUUCAAGUUGACCGACUUCGAAACAGAGGUUUUACAAUUGUUGGGAAUGGCGCUAUCCUUCUCGGGCCAGCUGAUAUUCAAUCCUUGCAAUUGGAAGAGGAGCUCCCAUCUCAACGGUACACCUCCGGUGGCAGUCAUGUACUGAACUUGUCGGCUUUCGGCGACUCCGAGUUUCUCUCCAACCUUUCUUCCAUCUAUCCCGAUCUAGACACCAUAUUUCGUUACCAUUUUGGAUACCAGAGCUCGGCAGUUUCUUUCAAUUCUAGCAGGCUUGCUAGUGAUCUACAGGAAGAAAAAGGAAAGCCGUUCAUCUUCGUUAACGAUGAGACUGGACUGGGCCAUUCCAUGUUCUCAUUAUCCUCAAAGCGAUCCAGGAUCACCCAUCACAACGUCAACAAUUCUCGGUGGAUUGGCCUACCUCUUGCUUUACAAUUCUUAUCAACCGGAGCUUCUGACGCGAAUGAAUUACACCUUUAGGCACGAGCUCAAAACAUAUACAGCCGAAGUCUUCCGAGCCAGCUUAUUCCAUCGCAUGCUGGGUGAAAUUUUUCGACAUGCUGCUUCGCGGCAAAGACGCCCUAUUGUGAUCGUAGUCGACGGAAUAGACUUCGAAGGCAGCGAGGGGGACCGUGCGGACUCAAAUAUCUCUCGCCUGAUAUACCACAUCCAGCAGCUCCAACAUGAAAAUCCGGAAACCUGUCUGAAAUGGGUCUUGACCGGAAAAUUCUCAGAUACCUUACGGGGGCGGCUUUUGGAGUUAGGAACGGAUGCAGACACUACUGAGAUCAUCCUGAAACCUGAUGAUGUGGCAGCAGCCUUUGGACUACAAAAAGCUGUUCAACUUCCCUCUCGCCUAAUUUUUCUUGGCAUCUGCUGUUAGUGAAUGAGUGAGCCUACCACCAAAUUACUAACAGC